AUGGCGCUCAGCACAAAGGUGGCCGAGGCGCUCGCCCAGGCAGAGUCGACGUCGGGGGAAAAGUCGCCGCUAUACGAGGCGCUGCUGGCCGACAUCAAGAAGCUGUCGACGCCCGCGACGGCCGCCGCCGACCUCAACGCCAUUGCCGACUCGUUUGUCGGCCAGGCCCUGGGCGUCGUCUCGACGCGCGCCGUCCUCGCCGCCUUCAUCGCCACCCUCAAGGGCCUCGGCAACGACGACCUGUGCAUCGACGUCGGCGCCCGCACCCUGACCCUGCUGGCGGGCCAGCCGUCGUCCUUUCUCGACGCCACCGCCACCCUCUGCGAGCUCGUCGCCGCCGCCCACGAGAGCAAUGACGACUUUGCCGAUGCCGCCCGGGCCCUCGCCGCCAUCCCCCUCGACAGCUCCCAGCGCAAGGUGACGGACGAGGACAAGGCCAGGAUCUGGGUCCGCAUCGUGCGCAACUACCUCGAGGUCGACGACUCGACCGCUGCCGAGACGUACAUCAACAAGCUCAAGAACAUCAUGCAUACCGUCUCCGACCCGGACCUCAACCUGCACUUCCGCCUGUCCCAGGCCCGCAUCCAGGACGCAAAGCGCGACUUCCUGUCCGCCUCGCAGCGGUACCACGAAAUCAGCUUCUCGCCCGCCAUUGCCGACGAGGAGCGCCUGCACACGCUCGCCAUGGCCGUCAAGUGCGCCAUCCUCGCCCCCGCCGGCCCCAUGAGGAGCCGCGCCCUCGCCCGCCUGUACAAGGACGAGCGCGCCGUCCAGCUGGGCGAGUUUGGCAUCCUCGAGAAGAUCUUCCUCGACCGCCUGCUCUCGCCGCAAGAGGUGGCCAAGUUCGCCGAGGGCCUGCAGCCGCACCAGCUGGCCACCACGUCGGACGGGUCGACGGUGCUGGCCAAGGCCGUCGUCGAGCACAACCUGCUCGGCGCCUCGCGCCUCUACAACAACAUCCAAUUCGAGGCCCUCGGCUCUCUGCUGGGCCUCGACGCCGAAAAGGCCGAGGAGACGACGGCGCGCAUGGUUGAGCAGGGCCGCCUGGUCGGGCGCAUCGACCAGCUCGACGGCAUCGUCUGGUUCGAGGGCGGCGAGGCCUCGGGCGAGAAGGGCAGCGGCAGGGCAGAAGUCAUUACCGGCAAGGAGAUGCGGCGCUGGGGCGCCAACGUGGAGAGCUUAUCCGAGGACGUGGAGAACAUCACCAAUUCACUGCAAAAGGAAUUUCCGGACUUUGUGGCGGCAAAUUUGGUGGUAUAA